AAGAGUGGAGAACUUUUUAUACAAUACAAAAGUUACCCAAACGUGUGACACUGAAGGAAAUGUUUUCUUGUAUGGAGUGUUGUAAAGUGUGUAAAAGAUGGCCCAGUUUAUGAAUGAAAUAGCUGGACAUAGCGGCCAAAAUAAUUAUGAGUGUGUACAGUGUGGUGAAUUAUUUUACAGUAGUGAUUCAUUGAAGAUGCAUAGCUGCAUGGCUGAACACAUUGAUGAGAUAAAUAUUAACUGUGAAGAGCUUGACGAAAGCUUUGACAGUAACUAUGAUGUGACACAACAUGUGACUGUUGAUGAGAAAGAUAUUAAGUGUGAAGAGCUUGAUGAAAGCUUUGACAGUAACUAUGAUGUGACACAACAUGUGACUGUUGAUGAGAAAGAUAUUAAGUGUGAAGAGCUUGAUGAAAGCUUUGACAGUAACUAUGAUGUGACACAACAUGUGACUGCUGAUGAGAUUAAUAUUAAGUGUCUCAAAAGUGUUAAAAGUUAUGACAAAAAAGAACAACAAAAGCAGCAUAUGGCUGUACAGUCUGGUGAUGAGGAGGAUUUUAAGUGUGAAGAGUGUGGUAAAAUUUAUUUCAGUAAAGGCUAUCUGAAGCAGCAUAUGAUUGUACACUCUGGUGAGAAUAAGUUUAAGUGUGAAGAGUGUGGUAAAAUUUAUUCCAGUAAGGGCUAUCUGAAGCAACAUAUGAUUGUACACUCUAGUGAGAAAGAUUUUAAGUGUGAAGAGUGUGAUAAAUGUUUUUCCAGAAACAGUGAUCUGAAGCAGCAUGUGGUUGUACACACUCGUGAGAAGAUUCGUGAGAAGAAUUUUAAGUGUGAAGAGUGUGGUAAAUGUUAUUCCAGUAAGGGCAUUCUGAUGUAUCAUAUGGUUGUACACACUGGUGAGAAGGAUUUUAAGUGUGAAGAGUGUGGUAAAUGUUAUUUUAGAAAGAGCACUCUGAAGCGUCAUAUGGCUGUACACACUGGUGAGAAGGAUUUUAAGUGUGAAGAGUGUGGUGAAUGUUAUUCCAGAAAGAGCACUCUGAAGCGUCAUUUGGCUGUACACACCGGUGAGAAGGAUUUUAUGUGUGAAGAGUGUGGUAAAUGUUAUUCAGAAAGAGUGAUCUAAAGGAGCAUAUGGCUGUACACUCGAUGAGAAAAGAAUAAUUUUAAA